AUGCAAACCCAAGUUAUAAUUAUUGGUGGUGGAAUUGGUGGAUUGGCUCUUGGACAAGGUUUGAAAAAAGCUGGAAUUUCUUUCAUAAUAUGUGAAAGGGACCUGUCAAGAGAUUAUAGACCUCAAGGAUAUAGAUUACGUAUUAGUUCAGAAGGACAUGAUGCUCUUGAGAAGUUGCUACCAACAAAUGUUUGGGAAUUAUUCAAUAAGGUCAUUAUUACAAACAAGUUAAAGUUUACAAAUAUUGAUGCAUUGGAGGGAAAAGUUGUUCCAAUGGAGAGAUCUCCACCGAAUCAUGCUGAUCCAAAUAAGCCAAAUACUGCUGAUAGACAUGUUCUUCGUGCAUUGUUGAUGUUUGGUUUGGAAGAUGAUGUUAAAUUUGGAUGGGAAUAUCAAGAACAUCAGUUGACCAAUGAUGGUGUUAGGGUUUUCUUUAAGAAUGGUCAAACAAUUGAAGGUAAUAUUUUGGUAGCAGCUGAUGGUGCCAAUUCCAAAGUUAGAGUGGCAGAAAUUCCUGAUCACAAACUUUUGGACACUGAAGGUAGAGCCAUAUUUGGUAAAACUCUUCUUACUAAUGAACUAGAAUCCAAAUUUCCAAAGGAAGGUCUUCAGAACACAACCAUGAUCACUCAAUCUGAACCACUGGUUAAUUUAUUUCUCGAACCAGUUUCCUUCACUCAUGAUCAUGAAAUGAUUUCAGGAGGAAAAAUCCCUAAACCUCACAACUAUGUUUAUUGGGUUCUUGUUUUGAAUAGAGUCAAUUUAGAGUUACAAGAUAAGGAACUAUUUCAAUUAUCAAAGGAAGAAUUGAAGAAAUAUGCUCUUCAAUUGACAGAAAAUUGGAAUGGCAGUGUUAGAUCAUUAAUUGAACUUUCUCAAGAAAGUGAAAGCUCUUUUAUUAGAAUCUCAUCUUUUUCACCAAAUAUUCCAGAGUGGAAAACUGAAAGAUUGACCUUUGUUGGAGAUUCCAUUCAUGCCAUGACUCCAAUUGGAUUGGGAGCAAACCUAGCUAUGAAAGAUGCUGCAAUUCUAUGCGACUGUCUUGUCAAGAAUGGAAUUAACAAGGAAUCCCUUAGAAUUUAUGAGAAGGAAAUGAAACUCUAUGCUGAAGAGAACAUUAGACUAUCAAGACAAGGAGGUUUCAGAUUAUUUAGACAACCAGAAUUUGAAAACUGUAAAUUUAUUCAAUAG